AUGGUUGCAUAUCCGUUUGUUGAAAAGUCGGGCUCGAGGGGGAAAAACUUCUGGCUGGUACGCAAGUGCCAUGCCGAACAUUCCACUGCCAAACAACCAUACCUCGUUUUAAAUGGGGGAAUCUCGCUUGCGAUUUGUCAACUUUUGGGUUCCAUUAUAUUCGAGAUAUUCAUUGUGCUCAGUGUUUUGGUCCGCAAGCACCCUGAUCGAAACUAUGCACCAUACCAAGCUUUUUGUCAGAUAUCGAUGUGGCUUCCGGUUGAAGCCAUUGUCGUGUUCAAAACAGGUUUCUGUGGUUUUCUGGCCAGCGCAUUUAGCGCGUUAUACGUUUGUAUCUCUACUUCGAACCAAGAACGGCCCUCUUUUUUUCUGAGCCCAACCGUCUAUAAUUCUCUUCUGGUUAUCAUCCCAGUCUAUGCGACUAUCCAGGCAAUAAGUUGGGCCAUUGCAGGAUUUUUGAUCGUCUCUAGACAACUGCAAACCUUUGCAAUACUUUUGCAAACUCUGAGCGACGCAUCACAGAAUUGGCAGAAAAUCCAUCUCAUUACACCAGAAGACUUGAAAAGUGUUUCACAAGCCUACACACAAACUACGAACUUUGCUGAUAGACGUUUUUAUGUACGACGCGGCUCUACCCUUUCUUGGCUACCAAUCUCCAUCGGACUUCUUUGUAAUAAGGAGGACAGGUUUACUUUGUUGUCAAUCUUACCACAAUUUACCAUGCCCGCCAAUACCACCCUGGCAGCUACUCAAAGAGAUUAUCGACUACUCCUGUGGCACUGUGUGUUCAUGUCUUUUUGCUUGAUAUACAACACCGGUGUUGGUCUUUGGUUCCUUUUCUCGGACCAAUCAAAUUGGCACGCUUCCGGGGAGCCUAUCAGUCUCGGCGGGGGUUUCUUUCUCACGAUUGGUAUGAUUUUCCAAAGUCGGCUAGUCAUCGGUCAAGGGCAGAAUCAAGUAGGACAUCAAGAAAGAGAGAAACAGCUGAAUUCUUCAUAG